GUUUUGGUCGGAUGUCAUUUGUGAAGUAGCGCUCGGUCGUCGUGGUUGUUUGUAUCUACCAGAUACUUGUACAUUCGGUGUUCUUUUUUUAGAGGUUUCAACUUGAAUAUAUUUUCAAAGUUUUUGCACAUAAAGGAGCACAUAUUUUGUGAAUUUUCGCAACAGUAUUGAACAAAAAGAAAAGUACAACUUCCUGCAACGUCGAAGAGUCGUUCGAAAAGAAAGCAUAAAAAACCAAUUGAAAAGAACAAGAAAAAUAAUUAAAUGUUAUUUUGUCAAAAGUUUACAUACAGUUUAUUUGGUGAUUAUUUCGUAAUCCGCACAAAGUCGUUUCCACCAGCAAAACCAGUGUGUGAGCGUCAGCAUAAAAAUCUUGUCAAAAGCUACAACAAUUGAAAAGCAAAACAAAAGCACCGGAGAAUCAACUGCGGUCAGCUGAGACUCAUACUCCAUAUAUUCGUGCAACCAAUUCCAACGCAUCUAAUCGAAACUCAAAAAGUAACGUGCUUAAAAGCACAACGAGAAGUUUCAUAAAAUUUGAUAGAAAUAUUAAAAAAUACGAAAUUUUGUGUUUUGCUGAACUUCCAAAUUUUCUCUUUACGAAUAAAUCGUGCGUAUGUUAAUUCGGUUACCAAUUGUUUAAAAUCGGUAGUUCGUUCCAACAAAAACUGUUAACAUUUUGUCUGAUUUACACAAAAUUGGCUGAGAAGGCCCAAGUGAAAGUGUCAAGUGAAUCGAAUUGGAUUUUGUAGUCUGACACACAACGUCAACGAAAGCGCUGCAAAGCAACAGCAAAAUUAUCAAAUCAAAAACAAAUGGUGGCGUGAUUUUAUGAAGUUUUACCAAAAACGAAUUUUAAGCAAAAAGCCAAAAAGUGCAGCAAAGCCUUUCGCAUUGUGUAAAGUUAAUAAAACGUACGGGAAUAUCAAAUAAUUGCAACCGCAAAACGCCCGAUUUUUGCCCUACAACAACGAGUGCAGCUUUAUUACAAUUCAAAAUACAACUACAAUAAAUACAACAAAAUGAGCGCCUACAGAGAGAUGUCCAAAUUGGAGAAUAGUCGAAACUGCCUACGUCGCAUUGCGCGUCACGAUGAGCCCCAAUUCUCCAAGGAUAGUAUUGUCAAUGUUAUGGAGAAAUUUGUGAAAACCGUUAAAGUGAUGGAUGACACUAUAUUGGUGCCAUGCUUGCUAAUGGAUCGACAGGUCGGUGAUAGCACAGAUAUUAUACCAGCACCUGGCAAGAAUUCCACCGCCAAUCAGCACACUAUGCAACAUUCUGCCGCACAUGGCAAACGCAGCGCUGCACACUCCAAGAACGUUCAUGAGUUCCUUAACUCGUCGGAGCUCUUCAAUCUCUAUAACAUGUUGAAGGCGCUCAAGACUGAUCUGCUUUGGACAGGAAAGGACGAUUCCGAAGACGACGAAUGUGUCGGGAGUGAAAAGCAAAGCACCGCCGAAGUGGAAAAUCUAUUGUAUUCGCGUUACGAUUCCAAAGCAUCGGAUGCGGUUAGUGUGACUAGCAGUACAGAGGCCGUUGCCGCAAUCAGCAGAAACGCUACUGCAACAAAUUUGAACGCCACUGCAGCAGCAACAGCACCGACCGCAGCCGCCACCAGUACAGCAAGCGUCAAAGGACACAAUCGUUGCCCCUCCACUGCCUCGGUGGCUUCGAUUGUUUCCACCACAUCGGCAUGCAACCUAAGUGAUUCGGAGAGUGAAAUUUCAAAUGAAAAUGAUUCGGGCAUGGAGUCGGAAAGCCAUAAGAGUGACAAUCAGCCAAGCAGCACCGAGUCCGUAAGCGGUAGUGAUGAUACCGAGUCACGUGCCGCUGCAGCCGCCACAUCCAGCGCCAACGCCGACAAAGCUACCGAAUUGGCGAAACGCUGUCGGCGACAUUUGAACGGUCUCUACCAUUGCCUUGAACAAAUGACAGAGGCGGCACAUUACCUGACCGUUAGGUACCAAAGUGAUAUUGGCCCCGUUUAGAGAUGAACUGCCAUGGAGCUGUGAACAGAAAAUGCACAGACUGCAGGGAGCAAGCGAUCCCCUAGGGGUUGUGCGUAAACUGAACGAGUGUAUUAGGUGGGGUACUAUGUUAGGGAGGGUAGUCAGUCUCUUUCUUGGGGGGGCGGGGUCUUAUAUGUGGGUUUUUAUGUAAUAAUUUAAUAAUUUCUGUGUUUCUUUACGGUUAUAGGGUUAGGCGAUUGCGAAGACAGUACACUUAUUGCGCUUAUGCCCAGACUAACGGUUACUAUAUUCGGAUUAAAAAGAUUGUUGAUUUUUAAAUUAUAUGGUGGUAUUGGUAAUGUGAUAUCUAUU